AUGUACAUAUUCCAGUUUUUGAAGCUGAUUCUUGCAAGUUUCCUGCUAUCUGGAGCGAAUGCAGAAGCAGGCACAAAAGAUUUCCUGAAGAAAUUCAUUAAGUAUAAUGACGUAUGUCGAGGAAUGGGCUUCAAGGGAGAUAACUGUAAAGGACAUGAAAGAGCAAUAAUCUCAUUUCAUGCCGAAAUAGCAAAUAGUCUACAGAACCUCGGAAAUAACGCCGUAGUUGUAUUUGGAAAAGUUACAGAAAAUUCUGGAUCCGCCUAUAAUGGUAAGACAGGGAAAUUCACGGCGCCUAAGGAUGGAAUCUACUUGUUUACAUGGACUAUUCUGACGACACUUGGAAAGAAAUUUGUUACAAAUAUUGUUCUCAAUGAUAUGAACAAUGCGCUCGCCCAACGGUGGCACCGUCAACAUAUUACCAGUAAUAUCAUGGGAUACAAUCAUGUUGACGGAAAGAGGGGGAGUCAAAAUUUUUCAACCGGAUCCGCCACAACAAUUAUAAAAAUGAAGAAGAAUGACAAGGUCUGGAUACGAACGAGAGGAAAAGAAGGAGAAUACGCUUAUGGUAAUUGGUCCUCGUUUUCUGGUUUUAAAUUGUCAUGA